AUGGAAGCUGACUCUGAUAAGGAAAAAAUGGUGAUUCGGGACAUUUUUCUCCGUCGACUUGCCACCCUGAAGCAUGGAGAGAAGUGUGAUUCAGAAAAACAGUUAUAUCUUGAUAAUCCACCACUAGCAAAAGAUAGCUUCACAUGGGUCGAUCCAAAACCUAAAGAUGUUCAACAGUGGCAACUUUACUUACUUCAGGAUGAUAAACCAAUUUGCAAUUAUGUUCAAUUUCUAAGAUGCGAUGAGAAAAAUAUGCUGUGUAGAUGCAAGAAAGAAUUUGAUCCACUCCAAGACCGGAAACGUUUUACUCCUCCGUUUUCACCUGCAUGUGUUUCCGGUGCAGAAUGCAAAGCAAUGCCGCUAUUUUUCAUGAAGCAAUGUUGGUGUCCGGAGGGGAAGAUAUGUGGGAACAGUUCGUCAACCUCCACGUUCAAUCCCUCGACAAUUAAAAAUUUGACAUCCACAAUUCAAAAGAGAUUCACGCUUAAUUUGGGUGAAAGUUGUGAUCCAGAGGCUCAUUCAGUAUUAUUAGAUCCGAAAGAUUCUGAGGUGCGAGACUAUAACCUUCGAGUUUCAACACUCCAAAAACUAAUCGUUUCUCGACCAUCCGUUCAUUUUUGCAAUCUGGACAAAUUCUUAAAUUGUUCAUCUUCAAAAAAAUGCGAGUGUUUCCACCAACUAGUGGAACAGGAAGGAAUAUGUCGCUCACGUAACCUGGAUCAAUGUGAAUCCACUUUUCCUUACGGAACAAGUCUCUACCCAAGUGGACCUCAAUUAUGGAAAAUUGAACAAAUCUUCCAAAAGUCUUUCAGCCCUCAAUGUGUCAAAAAUGCUGGUUGUGGGAAUGAUAAAAUGAUUGGGAAAUGUGUGUGCAAAAAUGGAAAAGCUGGGCCCUUGUGUAAAGAUCCUAAAUCGGUGUUUGCCUCAGUUCUCAAUCCGUCUCACAUUCAAGGCUACAACGAAGAUGGAAAAAUUAAUAAAGUAUUUUAUAAUUUGAACUUUUUCACCUACAAAAUGGAAGAAUUAAUGACAUUAACUUAUGGAGACGAAUGCAAUCCUAAAUUUGGCUUCAUGGUUGAGAGGAUUCAAUCAUUUUACCGAGAUAUUGGAAGUAGUGAGGAUAUUGCUAAAGGCAAGACGUUGUAUCAGUAUAAAAAGGCAACAAAAUGGGUCGAGUAUUUGCUUAAAAGUGGUGUAACAGAACUCUGCAACCAAUUUCACGGUCUAAGUUGUCACCCCAUCUCAAAAAAAUGCUACUGCCCGUCCACACACGAAUAUGAGGAUAAAAUUUGCAAACUUCGACCCAACGAGGAAUGUGAUCCGAAUCCCCAAGCUAGUUGGAUUUCAGUCUGUCGUAAAAAUUCUCACUGUCUCCCAGCCACAUCCACGACUAAGAGCAGUUGUCAGUGUUUGGAGGGUUGGAGUGGACCUGAUUGCCAAACCCCCUCUAGAAACAAUGGACGACAUACGGGCGUGGAAACUUGUGAGAAUAAUGUCACCAUGAAUUUAAAUGGGGUCAUUAUCUCAGAAUGUUUAGAUGGUCUCGUCGAAUUUGAAGACAAUAUUCCUCUUCCACCCGAACCAAACUUAUUCUCUGACUUUGCCACCAUGCUAGACAGGAUUUUAAAUCAUCGAAAUUUACCCAUGGACUCGAAAUGUGAUCCAGAUCAAGAGACACAGUUCACAAAACUUUUCCCAACGCUGCCUCAUUUUAAGCAGGAUGAUUACGAAUCUCUCCCUCAAGGGAAAUUGUUGACCUACAGCGAGUUACGCAGGAUUGAAAGGAAUGUGGGUGCAAAAUUUUGUGACAGGAAAAAGUAUUUAGUUUGUAAUGGUGAGAGUGGAAGGUGUGAUUGCAAUUUGAAUGUGUACGUUAAAGAGGGGUUGAAAUGUAGAUUAAGGGAGGGGAAAUUUUGUGGGGAGAUUGGAACUGUGUAUGAAAGGGGGGUGGAACUUCCUUUGUGUGAAAAGGGAACAAAGUGUCGAAAGCUGGGAUUUGGCGUUCAUACGUGUGUACAUGUUGCGACGGAGGAUGAGGUCUUUUAA